UGAUAAACUGAUAUGGCCGCUGCACUUUGGAAACCUAAAUCUGUGGACUCAGGCUUGUGGAUCCUCCUCCUGCUCCUCAGCAUCCUUCCUGCAGCAAGGGCAGUAGUUGGGCACAGAGAGCCGUUGCCAGAUGAUACUAAAGACAAUAUCACCAUUUUCACUGAAAUCCUUGACAGGCUGUUGGAUGGAUAUGACAACAGGCUACGUCCUGGGCUCGGAGAGAGCGUGACAGAAGUGAGGACAAACAUCUACGUGACCAGUUUUGGGCCGGUGUCAGAUACAGACAUGGAAUACACCAUCGAUGUCUUCUUCCGCCAAAGCUGGAGGGAUGAGAGGCUGAAGUUUGACGGGCCUAUGCAGGUUUUACCCCUCAACAACCUCCUGGCAAGUAAAAUCUGGACUCCUGAUACAUUUUUCCACAAUGGGAAGAAGUCAGUGGCCCACAAUAUGACGACUCCAAACAAACUGCUACGGCUAGUGGACAACGGCACGCUGCUUUACACAAUGAGGUUGACCAUUCAUGCCGAGUGUCCUAUGCACCUGGAGGAUUUCCCGAUGGAUGCACAUGCCUGUCCUUUGAAAUUUGGAAGUUAUGCUUACACAAACAACGAGGUGAUCUACCUGUGGACUCAGGGAGACGAGCGGUCCGUCGCUGUGGCAGAGGAUGGCUCCAGGCUCAACCAGUACGACCUACUGGGACACGUAAUUGGCAAAGAAACCAUCAGUUCCAGCACAGGAGAAUAUGUAGUGAUGACAACAUAUUUUCAUUUGAAAAGGAAAAUUGGCUAUUUUGUGAUUCAAACCUACCUCCCGUGCAUCAUGACUGUCAUUCUGUCUCAAGUCUCCUUCUGGCUAAACAGAGAAUCUGUUCCUGCCCGCACUGUAUUUGGGGUCACCACUGUCCUAACCAUGACCACCCUGAGCAUCAGUGCUAGAAACUCCCUUCCUAAGGUGGCCUAUGCCACGGCCAUGGACUGGUUCAUGGCUGUGUGCUAUGCCUUUGUCUUCUCUGCCCUGAUUGAGUUUGCCACAGUCAACUACUUCACCAAGCGCAGCUGGGCAUGGGACGGCAAAAAAGAGGGCAUGGAAAUAAGGGAACCGUUUCAGGCUAACAUGGCCAGGAUUAAAGAUAUGAGGAGAGAAUCGUCGACUUUGUCCAAAAAGGCAAACAACACCUUCAACAUUGUCGGAACCACGUACGCCAUCAACGUGGCUAAAGACCAGGGUCUAACCACCAUUUCCAAGAGUGCCCCCGCGCCAACCCCCAAACACCACUAUCUGCAUAGAAUGGAUGACCCCUACACGGAGGCCAAGAAGUCCUACAACCGUGUCAGCAAAGUGGACAAGAUAUCACGCAUUAUUUUCCCUGUUCUGUUCUUCAUCUUCAACUUAGGCUACUGGGCCACAUAUGUCAACAGAAAGCCCGCCAUCAUGAAGGCAAACAACCUAAACUGAGUCCGACCAAACCCUAGACUAGAUCUGUUAGUGGUGGAGAGUAGACAGGUUCGCAGGAGGCCAGUCCAUAACAUCUUAUCGUGUGUGUGUGUCUGAAUGUGUGUGCGCAUGUUUUGUGUGUCUGUUUUUUUCUCGAGCGUUUGAUAUUUUGCACGUCUGUAUAGAUGGAAGGCAAAUUUUAACAUACAGUAGACACACCUCAGAGGGAGCACAUCGUCACAUCAGACUGUUUUUGUGUAGCGUUUCUUUUCUCCACACUUAGCUCUGGCCCUGUUCCCCUUGUUGUGACUAACCUAAGUGAUCCUCUGCUGUAUCUUGACUGCUUGCUGUAUUGUAGAGUAGUCAAUCUGUGUUUUCACUAUGUUUUCACAUGUUGGCGCCUUGCUUAUAAUAAGUUAGAGCGAGCAUGCCUUUGAAGUUUUCAUUGUGGCUCAUUACCGCUGAUAAGGUUCUGACACAUCCAUCGAGUUAACAUGCAUGCGCGCACACACACACAGUGAUGCACUGGAAAAAAACGCCUUGAGUUGCUGCACUGGGCUCCAGGGCGGCCUGUAUAGGUUCUAUAGGAACAUCAUUAAUAAUCGUCAGUGUCUGGCCUAAAUCUCAACAAACCCGACGCAGUGCCACAGGGAUUGCUUUGGCGUCCCAAUGGGGGCUGCCUGUACAUUUUAUAGUCCAGUGGCCCUUAUUGUUUUAACUGGCUGAGUAUGUUCAAUGACAGAGAAGCUAUGUGCCUUGGUGAAUAAACACACAUGAUAAAGGAGAAGGCUCUGACACGCUAACACAUACACAUAAUGUCUUUGUGUAUAUUACAUACCAACUGG